CGCGGUGAGUGGAAGCGUCCGGCCGCGCGGUGCAUUGUGGGCGGGAUUGAGGAAGUAAAAUGGCGGACCUGGCGAACGAAGAAAAACCUGCCAUUGCUCCACCUGUCUUUGUAUUUCAGAAGGAUAAAGCACAGAAGAGAUCAGCAGAUGGGUCAAGUCCAGAAGAUGGAGAUGAAUCUGAUCGAGAGGACGGGAGCUACUGUCCACCUGUAAAGCGGGAGAGAACAUCAUCCUUAACUCAGUUCCCUCCUUCUCAGUCAGUAACAAAGAACAACGUUUUUAUGCCAUCAAGCUUCUGUGAACCGUCUACAGGCAAUUCUGACUCGGAACCAGAGGAAAAGAGCAGUGGAUUCCGGCUGAAGCCACCAAUCCUUAUCCAUGGGCAGGCCCCCAGUGCAGGUCUCCCCAGCCAGAAACCGAAGGAGCAGCAGCGCAGUGUGCUACGUCCAGCAGUAUUACAGGCACCACAGCCAAAAGCUUUCUCGCAGAUGGUUCUCAGCAGUGGCACCAAUGGUGUGAAUAUCCCACCAGAUUCCGCAGCCACAUCAGAAUCACUUAGUAAUGCCACGCUGAAGAGUUCUGACUCUGAAGACAAGGCAGGAGAAUGUCAGAAAAAAGAAUCUAACAACACUUCAGAUGAUGACAGCUGUGAGAAGGCAGAACUAAAUGCACAGCAAGCGUUUGUAUUUGGGCAAAACUUAAGAGAUAGAGUUAAGCUGGGGGAUGAAAGUGAUGAAGCUGCCGACGUGCCCAACGCCGGCCUUCCUACGACAGACACACCUUCUGCAACAAAUUACUUCCUACAGUACAUCAGUUCCAGUGUAGAGAACUCUACAAACAGUGCAGAUGCAUCUAGCAACAAGUUUGUGUUUGGACAGAACAUGAGUGAGCGAGUGCUAAGUCCACCAAAAUCAAAUGAAGGUAGUACAGAGAGUAAUAAGGAGAAUGCUGCUACAGAGUCUGGGUCUGAAUCAUCUUCUCAGGAAGCCACACCAGAGAAAGCAAACAAUAUUUCAGAGUCCCUGGCAGAGUCUGCAGCAGCCUACACUAAAGCAACAGCAAGGAAGUGUUUGUUAGCAAAGGUCGAAGUGAUCACUGGGGAGGAAGCUGAAAGUAAUGUGUUACAGAUUCAGUGCAAGCUGUUUGUAUUUGAUAAAAACUCCCAGUCUUGGGUGGAAAGAGGUCGAGGACUUCUGAGACUCAAUGAUAUGGCCUCAACAGAUGAUGGAACAUUACAGUCUCGGCUGGUGAUGAGGACUCAGGGGAGUCUCAGGUUAAUCUUAAACACCAAGCUCUGGGCUCAGAUGCAGAUCGAUAAAGCCAGCGAGAAGAGCAUCCGGAUCACUGCCAUGGAUACAGAGGACCAGGGCGUUAAAGUUUUUCUUAUAUCAGCAAGCUCUAAAGACACAGGGCAGCUGUAUGCUGCAUUGCACCAUCGGAUCUUGGCCUUGCGGAGUAGAGUGGAACAAGAGCAAGAAGUGAAGAAUGUAGCACCUGAGCCAGAGGUAACGCAAUCAAACGAGGAAGACAGUGAUGAUGAUGUCAUUGCACCUUCAGGAUCAGUUGGAAGUGGUCCUAAUGAUGAAGGUGAUGGGCAGAAUGUUGGCAGCACAUAGCAGACGUGAGCCCCUCUGCUUGCAAGGCUGCUAUGAACACCAUCUUGCAGGCACCUCUGGAUCCCCCAGGCCAGCUGUUAUUUCAGGCAGUGUUGAAGGCUCCAGGACUUAAGAACUGUGCAUCCCUGUUCUGUUUGUUUGGUUUUUUGGUCUGGAUCAGUAGAUUCCACACAGAAAAAAGCAGACUUGGAAACUACCUGAAUGUGGUUUGGGACGUGAAAGCUCAUCAUAUUGAUGAGCCAAAAAGAAAACACAAAAUAAAAAACACAAAACAAAACCCGACAAAACCCCAAACAUUUCCCCUCUUCCUUGUAAUUGAAAUGGCACAUUACAGCUUGUCACAGCUUUUCAUUGGGACCUUUUGACUGUUUCUUCAGUAGUCCAUGUCUUGCAGGCCUCCGAGAUAGAACUUUCCGACACGGUUCCAACUCGAAUUCUGCUUUUGGAGCCCCUCCUCCCCCUUAGGAGUUUCUGCCACCUGCAGGGAAACUGUGUCCUCACCAGUUCACUGACUGCCCUUUUGGGUUCAUUCUCUUUUUGGACUGCAGAUGGGGCAGAUGAUGUUGUUUCCCCUUUUAAUUCCAGCGUAGGCUGUGGACACCGUUGUUCCCUGUCUAGUGGGUUUGUAAACAGAGAGAAACAAAACGUUGUGCUUCACCAGGAAAGGGUUUUUUUUUUUAACGCAGUAACAAGAGACUUCAGAGUCUGCAGGAUUUUGCUAAUUCCUUUUCUUUCUUCCCAUUUCAUUAUUAUUAUUUGGGGGUUUAUAUUGUGGUGAUACAUUUUUUUUUUUUUUUUUUAUUUUAGUUUUUCAAUAAGAUGCUCUCGUGUGUUGAGAAAGUGAAACUAUUGUUUUGUACUGUUCUUUUCUGUUCCUAUUUAAGGGAGAGCUAAGGCCACUAUAUAUAAUAGAUGUUGCAUACAAUUUUUUCUUAGGAAAUAAUAUGUUUCUGUGGCUACAGUGAAGUGGAGGAGGCAAACAGAUUACACCUUCAGGAAAGCUGAGGAGGAAACAGCAGUUUAGCCCUUGGAAGAAUCAACCAGGCUCAUGUAAUGAGCUCUGCCAGCCAUUCGAAUAAACCCGUACUCUGAAGCAGCUCUCGUAUAAUGGCUUGAUUCAACAAGCCAUGGAAGCACUUGCCUGAUUUACCUACAUGUGAAUAAUCUUCCUGAAGUCAAUGCAACUAUUCAUGCUUAAAGUUGAGUACAUUUUUAAAUACCUUGCUGGAUUAACGGCCUUAAAUAGAAACUUCUAACCCUUCCUGUCCCCUGUUCUGUUUCCUGAAGUCUUGCAGCAUGAAGAAAAAGGUAAUAUUGCCAGCUUUGAAUAGUUUGGGCUGAAGGAUAUUGUAUUCUGUUCCACCAAAAUAAAAGCAAGAAUGUGUUUUCCUGUGUGUAAUUCUGCAGUACUCCUACUGUAACCGUAGCUCACUUUUUGCUUUGGAUGUUUUCUAACCAGUUGGGCCGUCUGUGUGAAAGUUGAGCUUUAUUUUGUUAUUAAACCAUAAGGUAUAUUCUUGUCCAGCAAAGUUGGAAUUUGGUACUCACUAAAAACAGUGACCACGUCACUUAGAGCAAUUUGGGCUAUUUAUAGGUUAUUUCCAUUAUAAAUAGUUUACUGGUAGAUAAUUUCUCACUCGCUCCUUCUGUAGGUUGAGAUUGAAAAUGCACCAUUUAAAUGAAAAUGAAAGAGGAAGGAGCAUUUAAUGUAGCAUGCCUUGAAAAAGAAAGGCAGGUUGUAGCAGAAAAGCAACUUUGAAAUUAUCCAAAUAGGAAAACAGUCCUUUCUGCCUCUAUUUUAAUGCAACACCCUUUUCUUCACUGGGAGUCAAGGUCAUGUUUCUGCCUGUUACCUGUUGUUAACUGUUGCUGGAGACUUCAGCUGUUGGGGCAGGGGGGUGCUUUGUUUUUCCUGAUUGAAGGAACAUCUUGGAUUACUGUGGGGUGAAAAGGGCCGAUGAUGAGCUGUGCCACUGCACUGGGGGGUUCUCUGCAUUGUCUGCUCAUGCCUUUUUGCAUAACUGUGUUGUUUCCUCCUUAGAGUUCCGGGGUUUGUUAACCAUGCACAAAGCUGUUGAUGCACCCCAUCUCCUGCAGCUCACCACCAGAAGCAGAGCAUGGUUUUUAAUACCCACACAAUUGUGUCUGUAUCACAAGGGCUGGGGAACUUCUGUAUUUUCAAAUAAGUGAUCUGCAUAGUGGGUCUUGGAUCUUCUUACACCCUGAUGCUCAGAUUUAAACUGCUCUCUUCAAACAACCUGACACCAUAAAGCUGCUUGGUGGCAGCAUAAAGAAAAUUAGAAGGUGUCUUGGUUAGCAGAGCCUAGCUGUGGGGGAAUGGGUGUUAUUUCCUGAUCCCAAACUAUGCAGAGUCCCACUUUGAGGUGCUUUACCUAAACUGAAAGUGAUGGUGCAUGAAGACUCAGAAGGUGGCAGUAAGCAUAUCUUGCCUGAUGGCGUUUGGUGGUGGUACACAGUCACCUACAGCAUGUUUACACUAUGUUUAUAGUGAAGAGGGAAAUAUUACUGUGAACCACAACCAAAACUGCUAUGGAUUUUGUUCAAGAUGUAGUUAGGCCAUACCAAAACUCUUCCUUCAAUCUCUGCCUUAAGGCUUAUUAAACUGGUGACAGGUAAAACCAGAUCCUGCCCCAGUGUUCCUAAAGAUUGAUGUAACACUGUCAUAUCAAACUGCAUUAAAACUUGGAUCAGAAAAUGAGCAAACCAA